GUUGCAGAAACACUCCAGGUUUUGCAGGCGACGGAAAGCCGGUCGCGACACAAAACCGGCCAUGGAAUCAUAUUCGCAGGGCUACUACGUACCAUAAGAAGUGUACUCACUGUGGGGCGUGACCAGCCACUCACGAUCCGUCUCACUUCGUCGCCGGACGUUCGGGCACGUAGCCUGACACUACGCCGCACUUUGUCAAACCCCGAAAUGUCCGUCGUACGUAUCGCGUUAUUGCACAAUCGUAUUGCUGAUAUGGUACAAGUAUCAUAAGUAGCAAUACUGGAUGAAAGAUAUCUUUUUCCACUACACCUCAACAACAUCACACCCGACCAUGUUAGGAAGCGAGCCUAUGGAUCAAGAUUUGGAGGCGAAAGAGGAGGACGUGAGCUCUACAAUGGCGACGAAAGAGGAGGAUGUGAGCUCGAAUAACGAAGAGAGGCAUGAUGAGCAAUCUCGGUCGAACGUGGUAGACUGGGAUGGGCCCGACGACCCUGCCAAUCCGCAAAACUGGAGUACGACGAGGAAGUUGUUGUUCACAUUCAGCAUUUCGCUUUGCACCUUCACCGUCUCGUUUGGCAGCAGUGUCUUGUCUUCGGGGACAGAAGUGCUCUCUGCACAAUAUGGCGUCAGCCCGGUCGUCAUCACUUUAACGCUCUCGUUGUACGUGUUGGGAUUCGCAGCAGGACCGUGGGUAUGGGCUCCCCUCAGUGAGUACAGAGGGCGAUGCGAGCCUUUCUUGAUCGGAUAUGUCGGCUUCAUCUGUUUCACCGUCGGCGUGGCGACCGCCCAGAAUCUAUACACCAUCAUGAUAUGCCGAUUCAUGCAAGGCGCAUGGGGAGUAUCGACCAUCACCGUCGUUCCGGGUCAGCUUGUCGAUGUCUGGGAUCAAAGCCGUCGUUCGCUUGCCAUGAUGGCGUGGGGUGCAACGAUUGUGGUUGGACCAACGCUCGGUCCAAUCAUCGGAAGCUUUACGGUAAAAAACGAAAGUCUGGGAUGGCGCUGGACCAUGUGGUUCACUUUGAUCAUAGCCGCAACCUUUCUGGUUACAACCUUGAUCGUGAUCAGGGAGACCUGGGCGCCGGUGCUCCUGCAACGAAAAGCCAGGCGUCUCCGACAGGAGACUGGAAAUUGGGCCAUCCACUCCAAGCUGGACGAGCAGCCGACCAACAUUAAACAGCUCCUCCAAAAAUACGGGCUCAAGCCCAUGCUCAUGCUCAUUCACGAGCCGAUCCUCGCGGCAGUCACCCUGUACCUCGCCUUCAUCUACGGCAUCAUCUACCUCACCUUUGAGGCAUAUCCCUACGCCUUUGGCACCGUACGAGGAUGGGAGGACGGCGUGUCAACGUUGCCAUUUUUGUCGCUUGGCGUCGGCUACUUCAGCGGCUUCGCAAUAUCCUUCUUGAUUCAGCAGGCGAUCAAGCGUCGUAAAGCCGCUACUGGACAGGCGAGCGUACCCGAAGACCAGCUUCCUCCGAUGAUUGUAGGCAGCUUCAUCUUCAUCAUCGGGAUGUUUUGGUUUGCCUGGACGUCCAACCCUCACAUCACAUGGGUGCCUCAGGUUCUCUCUGGUGGAUUCAUUGGCGCGGGCAUCUUCAUGCUGUUCUUGGCAUGCCUGACAUACCUGAUGGAGUGUUAUGCCGCUUCCGCCAACAGCGCGCUUGCCGCCAACACCAUCGUUCGGAGCAUGGUGGCCGCGGGCUUCCCACUGUUCGCCACGGCAAUGUACCACAAUCUCGGCGUGCCGUGGGCCAGCAGCGUGCUGGCAUUUUUGGCCAUUGCCAUGACUCCGUUCCCCAUCAUCUUCUACCUGUACGGCAAGAAGAUUCGCAGCUGGAGCAAAUAUGCAUUUUAGACUAGACGGGAGGCCCCAGAUGCAAUAGAUAGAGAGAUAUCAGCUCGGAAAGGGCAAAAGAGAAAAAGAUAGAGAAAAACACGACACGCGCGUAUCUUGGUGCAGUCAUACAAGGUUGUCCGCUUACAUGCAUUGCUCGUAUUAGCCUCUCGGAUUCCGUGCGACUGGCACGCGUCAACUGGCCGCGCCCAG